AUGGCAGCUGCAGCCGGCAAGCGAGCCUAUGCUGGCGGUGGACCAAGGAUCGGCGAGAAGGGAAAGUUUGAGGGCGAGUUCAAAGUUCAGAAGCAGGCUCCCUAUAUCAAGCACCGCCUUGAUGUCUGGGAGAGGCUGUACAAGAAGUACACGGACGGUCUAGCAUCCAAGCCACAAAAGAAGAUCGAGAUCGAGCUGCCGGAUGGCACGAAGAAGAAUGGCGAGGCCUUCAAGACGAGCCCCAUGGAAAUUGCGUCGGGGCCUACAGAGAAGCCACGGCCAGCGCUUGGCAUGGGUGUCAGUGUCCUUCCUACCCUGCUUUGCUCAAGGCAGAAGCAGCUCGCACGGGAUCAAAGAGCGUUUGUGACGCAGCUGGUCUUACUCUUUGGUUGUCUGCAGGGAUGCCUCAACUUUCCCUCGCGCUCCUUGAAGAAGUCGGCCAGGAAAAACAUCUCAGUGAAGGUGGCAGAGCUGCCACCAGACUCGGUCUUCGAUCCUGAGCUGCCCAUUCCCGCCAUCUUCGAGUUGCGCAGCCGUCCAUUUACGGUUCCGGAAUGGGGAGCUAUCGGACUCACGACUUGCGGAUGGGAUCAGAGUCUGAAAAUGUCUGAACGUGUCGCGUCGAAAUUCCAGGAAGGCGAGCAUCUGUCCUUCGACCCGCCGCGUUUCUUUCAGACGGACCUGGAGUCGCACAGGUUCCGGGCGGAGGCCCGGCCUCACAGCUGCUCUGUUGCCUUCCGCUGCAGUUCCUGGAAUUUGGACUUCAAUGUGUGCGACGGCUACGGCAACAUCGUCGGAUGUGCCAAGAUCGGGGUUGGCGAUCUUGCAAGUGCUCCGGCUGCAUCACCUUGUUCGGAUCAGUCGAGCAAGAUCUAG